UUGUUGCUAUUUCUGCUAGUGGUAUUAAGAUGAGUGGUAGGGGCAAAACCGGUGGCAAAACUCGGGCUAAGGCCAAGACUCGCUCUUCCAGGGCUGGCUUGCAGUUCCCUGUUGGCCGUGUUCACAGGCUGCUCCGUAAAGGUAACUAUGCAGAGCGAGUUGGUGCUGGAGCUCCAGUCUAUUUGGCUGCUGUGCUCGAGUAUCUCACUGCUGAAAUCCUGGAGUUGGCUGGUAACGCUGCCCGCGACAACAAGAAGACGCGCAUCAUUCCUCGUCACCUGCAGCUUGCUGUUCGUAACGACGAAGAGCUGAACAAACUGCUGGGUGGUGUAACUAUCGCACAGGGCGGCGUGCUGCCCAACAUCCAGGCUGUGCUGCUGCCCAAGAAGACUGAGAAGCCGGCUAAGACCAAGUAAACUAGCAUCUUGGACUUGCAUUGACCACCAAACGGCUCUUUUAAGAGCCACCAAUUUUUUCCCGAAAAGGCGAAAAUCUUAUUUUGGUGAAAGCGUCAGUCGAACGCGUUUUGUAUUGCUCCUAUAGUUAUCGAUGUAUUUAAGCAUGGUACGGGUCCCUAGAGAUCUUAAAACUACUCUGGUCAGAGUUCAUCAGAUGAUGCGCAUUUAUGCCCCGAAGUCCGUGGGCUAACGUUGAGAUCCCCCACAAAAAA